UGUCUUGGUGCACAGAUGCUUUCAUGCCCUCAGGCAGAUUGUGUCCCAUCAUCUGGCUGCACACAAACUUACACUUUUCCUGCUGCAUUGCACCACAACAUCCUGGGCUGCUUUAUGUUGCACUGGUGUCCCUGGAGCGUUAAUGUUUAAGUGGUAGAUCCCAGCUGAUAUUUUAUCUAAUCUCUCUAAACAUAGGUGAGCUGAAACGUCAUACAUCGACCUGUCAAGGUUCAUGCAGGAACUUAACCCAGGUGUGUGCUGCUUUCCGUAGAGGCAGGGGCUUUGGAGAAGCAGUGCUAAAGAUUCCCUCCACUGACCAGACUGAGGAGCUUCACCAUCCAAGAUCAACAGUCCCCACUUUAGCACUGUCUGGUUAUGCCCAUUCAAUGGAAAUGUGCGUUAUCAGUUAGCCUCUAUCUUUAUGGCAUUUGGCUGACUUUUCAGGCCUGAAAAACUACUUUCCAUUUCUUUGUGUCUUGGAGUUCAAGAACAGAGAAAAUAGGCACUUUAAAUUUGCAGCACCUGGUGCGAUAGAAGUGUAUUAGAGCUGAAGUAAAAGUCAUUCAGUGCCAACUGCCCCGUUGCCAAAAUGGAUAAAGCACCAAACAACAGGGCUUCCUUGGCCAAAGGUGCCAAGGACAUUGCAAAGGAAGCCAAAAGGCAUGCUGCCAAGAACUUCAGCAAAGCUGUUGAUCAAGCCUCAGAUGAAUAUUCAGCCCAUCGCAGCUACAACCGCUUUCACAACGAGGAUGAGGAGGAAAACAACUACAACACUUACACUCAGCCAGAUGGUCACUAUGCUGAUAACGCCGCCAAUGAUGAAGAGGGGGCGUCCAGUGAUGCAACAGAGGGCCAUGAUGAUGAAGACGAGAUCUACGAGGGAGAGUAUCAAGGUGUGCCGGCCUACAAUGAGGGGAAGACAAAGGAUGGUCAAGUGGCACUUGGCCAGCCGGUUUCUGACAGCGUCAAGAGUCGCAAGGAGCUGGAAAAUGAGAGACAGGCAGACGAGGAGGAAUUGGCUCAGCAGUAUGAGCUGAUCAUGCAGGAGUGUGGUCACGGGAGAUUCCAGUGGCAGCUGUUCUUCGUACUUGGCCUGGCACUCAUGUCAGAUGGUGUGGAGGUGUUUGUAGUGGGUUUUGUCCUGCCAAGUGCCGAGACAGAUAUGUGUGUCCCCAACUCUGGCGCUGGAUGGCUCGGUAGCAUUGUGUACCUGGGGAUGAUGUUUGGAGCAUUUUUUUGGGGUGGCCUGUCAGACAAGGUGGGACGUAAGCAGUGCCUGCUGAUCUCCAUGUCUGUCAACGGCUUCUUUGCCUUCCUCUCUUCCUUCGUCCAAGGCUACAGCAUGUUCCUCUUCUGCCGCAUGGUGUCUGGCUUUGGGAUUGGUGGAGCGGUGCCGAUUGUGUUCUCAUACUUUGCGGAGGUAUUGGCCCGGGAGAAGCGAGGAGAACAUUUGAGCUGGCUGUGCAUGUUCUGGAUGAUUGGUGGGAUUUACGCAUCAGCCAUGGCCUGGGCCAUCAUCCCCCACUAUGGCUGGAGUUUCAGCAUGGGAUCGGCCUACCAGUUCCACAGCUGGAGAGUGUUUGUGGUGGUUUGUGCGCUGCCUUGUGUCUCUGCAGUCGUAGCACUCACCUUUAUGCCGGAGAGCCCUCGUUUCUUCUUGGAGACGGGGAAACACGAUGAGGCCUGGAUGGUGCUCAAACACAUCCACGACACCAACAUGCGAGCUCGAGGGGAGCCUGAGAGAGUCUUCACUGUGAACAGGAUAAAGGUCCCCAAACAGCUGGAUGAGCUGGUGGAGAUGCAGAACGAAUCAGCCAACCCCGUCCUCAAGGUCCUCUUCAAGAUCAAGGCUGAGCUCAGAGGGAUCUGGUUGACCUUCAUGAGAUGUUUCAACCACCCAGUGAAAGACAACACUACGAAGCUGGCUGCUGUCUGGUUCACGCUGUCGUUUGGGUAUUAUGGUCUGUCGGUGUGGUUCCCAGAUGUGAUCAAGCACCUUCAGGCUGAUGAGUACGCCUCCAGAGUGAAGAUUCACAACAAUGAACGCAUUGAAGACUUCACCUUCAACUUCACACUGGAGAACCAGAUUCACAGGAAUGGAGCCUUUAUGAACGACAGGUUCAUUGGUAUGAAGUUCAAGGUGGUCACUUUCAUCGACUCUUCUUUUGUCAACUGCUACUUUGAAGAUGUCUCCUCAGUAGGAUCCAUUUUCAAAAACUGUACCUUCGUGGACUCUUUCUUUUACAACACUGAUAUCGAUGACAACAAGUUGAAAAGUUCAAAGGUGAUCAACAGCUCCUUCCAUCACAACAAGACAGGAUGUCAGAUGACUUUUGAUGAUGACUACAGUGCCUAUUGGGUCUACUUUGUCAACUUCCUGGGGACGCUGGCUGUGCUGCCCGGUAACAUCAUCUCAGCUCUACUCAUGGACAAGAUUGGACGUCUUAGCAUGUUAGGAGGCUCCAUGGUGCUAUCAGGCAUCAGCUGCUUCUUCCUUUGGUUCGGCACCAGCGAGUCCAUGAUGAUCUUCAUGCUCUGUCUCUACAACGGCCUCAGUAUCUCAGCCUGGAACUCACUGGAUGUGGUCACGGCCGAGCUGUACCCGACAGACCGGAGAGGGACGGGAUUUGGCUUCUGCAAUGCCAUAUGUAAGCUGGCAGCAGUGCUGGGCAACCUGAUCUUCGGCUCGCUGGUUGGCAUCACCAAGGCUAUUCCCAUUCUGCUGGCAUCGGCCGUGCUCGUUGGCGGUGGACUGGUGGGGCUCCGGCUACCUGACACUCGUGCCAAUGUCCUCAUGUAGACGCCAGCUUAGGACAGACUGUUAUUUACUAGGUUUUUACUCAGCCUGCUGAAUAUCUUCUCAUUAAUGAACCAUAAAUUAUUGCAGUACCACAAAAACAGUAAAAGCUGUCCUUUUAGUCAUAUAGAUGAUUUUAUUGUUGAUAAAUAUAGCCAUAAACACGCUGUAGGUAUUCUUUCAGGUUGGACUAAAACACCUGGUAAAGAACAAGAGCAGUUUACCUGAGCUGUAGAUGUAUGGAGGAGAGUCAUCAGGAAUAUCAGGUUAACGUGCUUCAGCUGCCCGUUUCCUAACUAAACUGUUGGUGCUGUUGCAGGAAUCCAUAAGAAAUGAUCAUCAGUGGGGAUAAAACUCUGUAAGUCAACAGCUCAGUUCGACUCUAGGCUGCUUCACUCAUGCAGUCUUCAAAAGCUUGCACCAAAGCUGCAAAAGGCUUAAACUUCCAACAACCUUUCAGUCAGUUUGACAUGCUUUAGCAUAGCAGUAAGUAACUUAGCUCUGGCCCACCGGCCUCCAUUUUACUGCUAUUAACAUGUCAGUCUAGGCCAGGCGUGGGGAACCCUGCUCCUCGAGGGCCGGUAUCCUGCAUGUCUCUGCUCCAACACUUCUGAUUCAGUGAUUGAUUUACCUGUUCAGCAGCUCAUCAGGCUCUGCAGAAGCCUGUUAAUCACCUGCUGAUUGAAAUCAGGUGUGUUGAAGCAGGGUUGAAACUAAAAUAUGCUGGAUAGCGGCCCUCAAUGGACCAGGGUUCCCCACCCUUGGUCUAGGCUGUGAUCUGGGCGCUGGAGAGCGUAACAGCGUCGCCGCCAUAUUGGAUGGGUCCACUCACUCUCCAAAGUCAAUGCAGAGUGAGCAACUCUGCCCGUUUCCGUGCAGCGUACGGUUACAACAACCAGCGUACUGAAAUCAGAUCACGUGGGAUUACUCGUGACUUUUCCAGCAUACUUUACAGGAUUUUAUAUUUAAAUGUAUUUCUAUUCAUUUUGUUUAAUCAUAUUUAUAUUUUAAUUAUGCCAUACUUUGUGUCUGAUUUAGAGAAAAAGCUUGAUAAAAUGUGCUUUUUAGUUGGGUAAGUCCCUUCCUCAGUGGAAAUGAAUGCACGGGGGUCGAAUGGAGACCCAUCUAAAAUGGCGGCCGAACGGCAGUAGGCAGUGCCAGUCCAUGGGGCGUCUACGCAUGUCUGUGGCAAUUACUGUGAGUUUCUGAAGGAACAAAGUUCUGGUUUUCCACCCAUGUUUGGUCAAACAGACUCUCACCAGGCAAGAGAGAAAAUCUGAGUGCAUUUUUUUGACUAGUUAAGGACAUUUGGGGAGCAUUUUAUUCUCCUUUUGGCCUUCUGUCCAUAAAUGAGGAUAGAUGUUUUUUCAACGAUGCUUGACUGAAGGAAGAACAGCACCUCUAAAGCUAACCUCUAUCAUAAUUUCUAUAUGAAAUGACCAAUGUUGGCUUUAUGGCAGCUUGUGCUUCCUGUGCUGGACAUCUUUUAGUUAGUGAGGCAUAAAAAAUGGCAGCACAACCAGCUAAUGGGGUCCUUUACACUUUAGGUAGUUUUCUGCUCUAAAUACCUGAGUGCAGAUCUGAUGUUCCUGUGCCUUUCUCUUUUUUUCUUCCUUUUGUUUUUAUUUUCAUAUAUUGAAGCACAUGUGGCAGAGAAGGAGUGUGUCUUGGCAAGAUACAAUCACAGGGGAUACUAAAAGCUAGAUGAUAUUUGCAUUUUACUUAGACUGAAUUUAAUUAAAAACUCAGGCCAAACGUAUCCAAGACACAUCUAGUGUUAUAGGGCUUGUGAUCA